GGCCCCAAGUCUACUAAAAGCAUUAGAGUAAAAUUGGAUGUCGAUUGUAUGUCGACAGCGCAAAAUGACACAUUUGGCAGUCUUGUAUUUUUUAAGAGCAUAGUGUCAGCUCGAUGGAAGCCACCGUGAAGCCACUCAUAAUACAUUGAACAACACGCUAGUCCACUGACAAGUGCCACACCGAUAUCGUCUCUCGGGUGACAAUUUUCCUAGUCCACUAUUUAUUGACGUUUCCGUCAGUUGCUUCAUUAUGGUUUAUCUGUCAAAAAUCACCAUUCUGAGGCCAUUGAGCAGAUACACCUAAUAUACACGUAUUGUCACGGUGUCGUUGUUUGUUGAUACGUUGUCAAUAUGGAUCGAUUCAAUUUGCGGUGGGAAAUGCUGAUAUUAGCAGACAGAGUGGAUAGAGGUCGGCGGGAGUUGAAGGAGCGGCGUCGAAAUCGCGCCUUCAUGAGGCGGAAUGUCGAUCCUUUCGUAAGUUUGCCGGACUCGGAGUUUGUCAAGACAUUUCGCCUCAGUAAGGAUGUGGUGAAGGAGAUUGCCGCGGAUUUAACUCCCCUGAUAGCCAAAGAACGCAGGCAAGAUGGUAUAUCUGUUAUGAUGAAGAUACUGAUUGCAUUAACAUUUUACGCAACGGGCUCCUACCAAACUUUGGUUGGCCAAAGUGCGAUACAUAAUGUAUCCCAAAAAACAGUUUCAAGGGCAUUGAGGCAAGUGACUGCGGCAUUGAAUGAUGCCAGGAUAAUACAAAAAUAUUUAAAAUGGCCAAUGCAGUCAACUGAACGGACUGCAAUCAAAGCAAGAUUUUAUGAAAUAUUUAAAAUCCCAGGGGUACUAGGCUGCAUUGAUGGCACACACAUAGCCAUUUUAAGACCUAUUGAACAUGAGGAGCGGUAUUUUAACCGAAAGGGAUAUCAUUCGCUUAAUGUUAUGAUUUAUCCUGUUUUUUUACAGAUCUGCGACUCUGAGCUGAAUAUUUUAUGUGUGGAUGCUAGUACCCCGGGAUCAGCCCAUGACUCCAAUGUGUGGCAAAGCCAUCCACUGUGUCAGCACUUGACAGAGGCGGCUAGGAAUGGUGACCAUGUGUUUUUAUUAGGUGAUAGCGGCUAUCCCUUAAGGAGGACAAUGGUCACCCCAAUUUUAAAUACAGUGGAAGGCACACCCCAACAUAAUUUUUAUAACCUCCAUGUGACUGCACGUAAUUGUGUGGAGCGCUGCAUUGGUGUACUGAAGGCCAGAUUCAGAUGUCUACUUGCGGCACGUGCCCUCCACUAUGACCCAAUCAUGGCAGGGAAAAUAGUCAAUGCAUGAUGUGUUUUGCACAAUAUAGCAAACAAAACUGGUGCACCCGUGCCAUUCCUGACACCAGAGGAAGUUGAAGCC